UGGCUCAAGCAGUCCUUUUUUUUAGCUUUGUUCAGGGUAACUUCCUAGUUAAACAAAACAGUGGAUAAGAAAGGUGAAUGAAUUGUAGGAAAUUAUGCUCAAUGACCUUGAAAAUGAGUGAUUGUGAACUUUUGACCCUGCUUGUCCCAUUGAAAAACUUUCAAGAUAAAAUGUGAAAUUUGAAGUUUUGUCCAUGGGAAAAGCGAGGUCCAACGUACAAAACCGCCUACUUCCAAGGCUGUAAAUCAUCCAAUGAAUUGCAUUGAAGAAUAAUCCUUCUUGAUGGCUGGAAACCCUAGUAAUAACUGGUGGAACAACAUGUUGAUGAACACAAGCAUGCAUCCACAUGAUUCUCAUGAGCUUUUUUCUUCUACGACGACGACAAAUCAACAUUUCUAUGGAUCUUCAAAUUUUUUGGCUGAUAAUAAUCCAAGUCAAGAUCAUUUACCUCGCUCAUGGAGCCAGCUACUUCUGUCUGGAUUAUCUUGUGAUCAAGAAAAACCUGAUAUAAGUGAUCAUUUUCAACAUCAAUACAAGAAGCUGGAGAAUUGGGAAGAAAUCCAAAAUUUGAAUUCCAUCCAUAAUAAUAAUAAUAUCCCAUCUAAUUCAAGUUUUAGGGUUCCUUUUUUUGAUGUAAAACCAGAAGAAUUAGUGAGCCAAGGACUGUAUACUAAUUAUCAUCAAGAUUUAUCACCAGCUAGCUCUUGUGUUACCACUAAUUUAAACCAUAAUAAUAUUUUUAACUUCUCAUCAUCUCCUGCUAAUAAAAUUACCAACAAUAACAAAGUGGUUGAAGUCAAGCAUCAAGACCAUUCAUCUGAGAGUAACAGCACAAACAGUGGUGGGGUAACUAAGAAGGCUAGAGUUCAGCAUUCUUCAGCUCAACCCUCUCUCAAGGUGAGAAAAGAGAAACUAGGAGAUAGGAUAACAGCACUCCACCAACUUGUUUCUCCAUUUGGAAAGACUGACACAGCCUCCGUCUUGUCAGAAGCCAUUGGAUACAUCAGAUUCCUUCAAGCACAAAUUCAGGCAUUGAGCUCUCCAUACAUGGGCAAUGUAGCAGGAAGCAUGAAUCACACUCAACAACAAUCUGCUGAUUUGAGGAGUAGAGGAUUGUGCUUGGUUCCUAUAUCUUGUACACAACAUGUUGGAAGUGACAAUAACAAUACUGUUGGAGAUUAUUGGGCCCCAGCUCUUGGAGGAGGAGGAUAUUUAUAAUUAUUAAUUAAUGUAACAAUUUUAGUGUUCCAUAAUAUACUGAUGUGUUGAUGAUGAUGAUGGUAUUAUAUAGUAUAUAACAUCAGAAGCAGUCACUCUCAAAUAAGUUAGUUAGGGUUGACUGUUGCUGAUGCUAUAUAUUAUAUUUUGCAUUUCUAAUUAAGUGUAGGAAGGAACAAGGAUAUGAGUCUUAUUGUAUGGUCCAAUAUUGCAAUUUUAUUUCAUGAAUAAUCAUAAAAUUGUAUAAGCUGCUA